AUGCAGAGCCUGGAGGAGAUCACCUCAUCCGAUACCAAAGAGUCCCUGCGUGAGAGCGAGCACGUCAGAGAGAAGAGCAGACUGUCCAACUACACGACCAACAUGCCCAAGCCGGACAACAUCCGCCCCAUCAGCCACAAUCCCUACACACUCAAAUCCAAGUAUUACCUGAGCGAACUGGUGAGGGUAAUCCACGAAAGGAAGUCGCUAGCCAUGGAUCACAUCAGCCAAUCCAUUCAGAUGCUGCUCCAGUACCGGCUCUGCAAACUUAACCAGGAAAGACUGUUCGAGGACGACGCCAAGAUCAGUCUUCCGCUGGCCGAGCACAACAAAAACAAGAAAACCCUUAUACUGGACUUAGAUGAGACGCUCAUUCACUGCUUCGAGAGGGGGGAGUCCAAUCCCGACCUGAAACUGACCAUCAGCAUCGACGGUUUCCCCUUUGAGGUGGGCAUCAACAUCCGUCCCUACGCCAUUUCCUUCCUCAAGCGGAUGAAGAAACGCUGGGAAAUCAUCGUCUUCACCGCCAGCCACCAGAGCUACGCCGACUCCAUCCUCAACGAGCUCGAUCCGUAG